GCACUCGCAGAGCUUGCUCUCUCUCUCCCUGAAUGCAAAAAUGGCUUCUCUCCUUCCCCAUGUGCUUUGCUCAAGGCCCACUUGCCCAACAGAUGCAACACAUCGUGGAAAAGGCGAAUCAUACUGUUGAAGAAUAUCAAUACUUUAUAGGGACAUACAUGCCCAUCUGGUGAGUUCGAAGGCAUUUGUUAAAUUCACUCUUUCGGGAUCUGUGAUUCCAUUGUCUCGAGAAGAAAUCUGGUGUGCAAUUCAUUCAUCCACACUCCACAGUCAUCACCUUUUUGGGUAUGUGAAAAAAAAAUAAGAAAGGGUUGAUCUUGAUCUGAAUUUAAGGCAAUUCUUUCUCCCAACUCGUGAAACUUUGGUCCGAGAUCCCAAACGAAAAGGCUUUUCCCAUGUGGUGAACUUUGUAUUGAUUUUGCUAGUUUUGCAAGAAAAGCGACCAGCUUUCAUAUGAAAAACUUUCUCUCCAGAGUCGAUGCUUGCUUGCUUCCGAGUUUGCUUGUUGUGCCGCCAUAUCCCUGAUGCUGUCACCAAGUAGCGCACACUCGCACCAGCAACAUCUUCUCAGGUGACAUUCACAUGUGAAGCCCUUCAAUGGCCAAAAGGAGGAGCUGGUUCACCUUAGUGAAGAGAUUCUUUAGGCUAGAGAAGCGAACAAAGCCAGAGAAGGAAGGAAGAAGGAAAUGGGUGUUUGAGAGGCUUCAAGUCAAAAGGUUACCGCCAAUUGCAGUACCACCACCCCCAAAGACAGUUGAUGAUGCAGAGGAACAAGUGCAGAGCAAGCACGCCCUUAGUAUGGCUCUUGCUGUGGCAGCCGCUUCUGAAGCAGCUGCCGCAGCUGCUUCAGAAGCGGCUGCCAAGGUUGCUAAGCUCACAAGCCAGCCUCAGCAUUCGUCUCAUCAAUGCCAAAAAGAAGUGGAUGGACCUUCCAUUGCCAUAAUACACCAGGACACCACCCAUAUUUCUCGUCAAAAAGAAAGGAAAAGCCAAGAAUUGGCUGCUAUUAGAAUUCAAGCCGCCUUUCGGGGUUAUCUCGCAAGGAAAGCACUGAGGGCAUUGAAGGGAAUAGUGAGGCUUCAAGCGAUAAUUCGAGGCCGGGCUGUCAGGCGCCAAGCAAUGACCAUUCUUAAGCACUUGCAAUCCAUUGUGGACAUACAUUCACAGGUCUGUGCGACCAGAUCACACAUCGUUCAGAUGCAUUGCGACGAGAAUUGUCAGAUCAAACACAUCAGGUACAAGGUGGAUAAAAACAGCCAAAGAAGGUGGGAUGACAGCUUAUUGUCCAAAAAGGAUGCAGAGGCAUUGUUCUUAAGCAAGAAAGAGGCUGCACUGAAGAGAGAGCGCAUAAAGGGAUAUUCGUUCAACCAUCGGAAGUCAGCAGAAUCAGAACAUGGAAAACCAAGCGGGAGGUGGAGGUAUUGGUUGGAGCAAUGGGUGGAUACGCAACUUGCUAAAAGCAAAGAAUUUGAAGAUCUAGAACCAGUUCUGACUUCUCAUCUGAAACCAAAGGACGAGGAUAAAAGACAGUUUAAGCAGAAAAAUAGUCCGAAAAAACAACAGUUCGAGCCUCUGGACUCCCCUCAAUCUGCUCCAAGAAGGUACCUUCGCCAUAAAAAACAGUGCUCGAUGGGAGACGACAAUUUCCAAAGCUCCCCGGCCAUACCGACUUAUAUGGCCACAACUGAAUCGGCCAAGGCAAAAGCCAGAUCACUGAGUUCGCCGAAACUGAGGCCCGGGGCUUUUGAUGUUUACUCCGAUAGCUAUUCCCCAUACAAGAAUAAGCUCUCUCUUGUAUCUUCGAUGGCAAGCGAAGUGCCUAGCUUUUACAGAAGCGGCAAGCCAAAUGGUUACCAGCAGAAAUCUCCAAGCUUGAAGGGCAUUCCCGCUACUGUGAAGCCAAGCAGAAACAUUGCAGGGGAACUUAGCAUUGAUUAAGAGUACUGAUACGGUGUUCUUACUACAGGCGUGCUAUGUUAGGAUCAAUUCAGUGCUCAAGAUCAAGACAGAGGAACUAGGAAACAGGUGUAGGAGCUUCAAUGUAACAAACAGAUGAUAUGAGAGUCUAAGCUAGGAUCAUGAUCUAGUUACCUUCAUAUUCUUUUCCCAGCUUUUAGUAAGAGGCCUUUCGAGUUUCGACUAUGCAUAUAAAUCCUCAGAUUCUGAGUGGAAUCAACAUGAGCUUCA